AUGGCAACAAAGUACGUUGUCCGUUCGAUACCCCGAAUCUCCCUGGCCGAUUUCGACCAGCGCAUCGACGAGAUCACUGCGGACCUUGUCCUCGCCGCCGAGAAUGUCGGCUUCUUCACGAUUGUCGAUCAUGGUAUCUCCACCGAUGAGAUCGAGACCAUGUUCGCGACCGCUGAGCGCUUCUUCAACCUCCCCGACGACGUCAAGGCCACCGUGCCGUGGAAUCCCAACAACGUCGGAUGGGAAAAGAAGUCCCAAGUCAGGCCAUCUACAGGCCAACCGGACACCAAGGAAUCCUACCAGUUACAGUUUGGAGAGAACAUGACCAACAUGUGGCUGGACGAUGUCCACCUCGCCGGGUUUCGAACAACCUCCUUGACGUUCAUGCAUCGCGUGCAGGCAGUGUCGGAACAAUUGAUGCGAUGUUUUGCACGCGGGCUCGGUUUUCCGGAAGAGUACUUCAUCCAGUGUCAUGAUGUGUCUCGUCCCAAUGAACAGACGACCAUGCGACUGCUGCAUUACUUUGCUCUCCCGGAAACGCCUGACGGGAACACGUACCAUCGCGCAGGUGCCCACGCCGACUGGGAUUUCCUGACGUUGCUGUUUCAGAAGGACGGGCAAAGCGGACUGGAAAUAUGUCCCGGUCGCGAGGCUGUGACGGAGUUUGGGAUCGGCGAUGAAUGGACUCGCGUGGAGGCGCGCACGGGUGAGAUCGUCUGCAACAUUGGGGACCUGCUCAUGUCGUGGUCGGAUGAUCGCUUCAAAUCGACGUUUCACCGUGUGAAAGCUCCGUCCGAGCCGGGGGAUUACUAUGGCGAUCGGUACAGCAUUGCAUAUUUUAAUCAGCCGUGCAAGGACGCGCUCAUCCAGGGACCGAAGAAGAAGUAUCCGAUGCUGACCGGGGAGCAGUUUAAUGCGCAGGCCAUGCAAAGAAAUUUUGCUGCCUUGCAGGAGAAACUGAAGGCCAUGGCGGCGUCAGCCUGA